AUGGAGGUCAGCUCCACAGAAGCCAGCAGCAGCUCCCAGGGAGGCACCGGAUGGCUGGAUCUUCCCCCCGUCACCUGCACUGAAACGGUGACUUUCACUGAAGUGGUGGCAGAAGAGGAGUGGGGAUCCUUUUACUAUUCUUUUAAGACAGAGCAGCUGGUGACUCUUUGGAUCCUCUUUAUUGUCACCAUUGCUGGAAAUGCCAUUGUGCUCUUCUCUACCUGGAGGAGGAAGCGGAAAUCUCGAAUGACCUUCUUCGUGACACAGUUGGCAAUCACAGAAAGACAAGCAAAAGUUCUUAUUGGAGUGGCCUGGAGCCUCUCUUUCCUGUUUUCCAUACCGACUCUGAUUAUUUUUGGGAAACGGCAGCUCUCCAAUGGGGAGGUACAGUGCUGGGCUCUCUGGCCUGAUGACUCCUACUGGAUACCCUACAUGACAGUGGUGGCUUUCCUGGUGUACUUCAUUCCUCUGAUCAUUAUCAGCGUCAUAUACUCAAUCGUGAUUCGAACCAUCUGGAUGAAGAGCAAAACUCAUGCUGUCAUCAUAUCCAGCUGCCCUGGUGGCAAAACCUCUGCUGGUUACACCAGUCGUGGGUUCAUAUCCAGGGCGAAAGUGAAAGCAAUCAAGUACAGCAUCGUCAUUAUCCUUGCGUUUGUUCUCUGUUGGAGCCCUUACUUUCUGUUCGAUAUCCUGGACAACUUCAAUGUACUCCCUGAGACCAAAGAACGCUUCUAUGCAUCCGUGAUCAUUCAGAACCUCCCAGCCUUGAACAGCGCCAUCAACCCCCUCAUCUACUGCCUCUUCAACAACCGCCUCUGCCCUCCUUUCGAUUUGUGUAGGGAAAGAAGAACACGGAGGCUGGGGGGAACUUUCCGGGACAGGAGCUAUGGAGGGCAGGAGAUGCAGGUCCUGUCCAAGCCAGAAUACAUCUAG